AUGUCCUCAACGAACGGGCAGGACAACGGUGUCAGCACCUCAACCUCGGUCUCUGAGCACAACAACAAGUUGAUCAACUGGGCCGGCGACUCGCGCUACACCGUGCACGUGCACAUCGGCACUCCGGGCGUGGACCACGAGCUCCUCGUCGACACGGGCUCGUCUACAAUGUGGGUCUUCGGGGAGAACUGCACCUCCGCCGCCUGCGAGGCCAGUACGACCAAGUACGAGCAGUCGCACAGCUCGACCGCGAACGUGAGCGACUCCUCGCCCUACAACAUCACCUACGCCGCGGGCGCCACGAAGGGGCAGUACGUCCGUGACGUGGUGUCUGUGGGACCCUUUGAGGUGACCAACUUCAAGUUCGGCGUCGUGAACCAGGCCGGCACCGCGCCUUUCCACGGCACGAACAUCUCCGGUCUGCUGGGUAUGGGUCGGAACGCGGCGGCGAUCACGUCCCCGCCCUUUUUCUACACCUUUCUCGCCAACCACGACGGCAACUCGGACAUUGCGCCCCAGUUCGGCCUGCACAUGUCGCGCAACACGGGCGACAAGGAUCCCUACAAGACCGAGGCCAUCAAUGGCGGAUCUCUCACCUUGGGCGGGUGGGACGAGAGUCUGACGACAGGCGAUGUGACGUGGGUCGAUGUCGUGAACCCCAAGGUCAGGUAUGCGAACGGCACAGACCAGCAGGACAAGUGGACCAUUGCCUCCGAGUCGCUCAGCGUCAACGGACACAGCGUGAACCUCGCCGGCUGCAUUAGUCUCAUGGACAGCGGCUCGCCCGGCCUCGGCCUGCCGCUCAAGGCAGUGACCGAGUUCUACGAGCAGAUCCCGGGCGCCUCGUAUGCCGGUGAGGGGCUCUUUGCCUUCCCCUGCCGUUCGGUCCCGCAGCAGAAAGUCUCGAUCACAUUCGGCGGCCGUGUAUUUUGGAUCCAAUCGACCGAUCUGGUCCUCUACCAGGCGGGCGGGACUUGUAUCGGCUCCGUCACGCUAUCCCCCCUCGCGCAGGCUUAUCCCAACUUUGUCCUCGUCGGCGCCGCGUUCCUCAAGAACUUCUACACGAUCCACCAGACCAACCCUCCGCGCGUUGGUUUCGUCGACCUGAAGCCCGAGUUCAACCGUCCCCUUACCCAGGAGAGCAUCAAGGCGCUCCUCGAGGGACGGGUUGGAUUGAACGCGACCUACUCCCAGGAAGAGGUCAUGCAGCAAAACGAGGUCGCGCAGAUUCUCCAGAUGCUCAACAACAAUGGAGGUGGAGGCGGUAACGGACCCAACCUCGAGGGCCAGGGUGGUGGUAACAUCGGCGGCAGCGGAAAUGUCGGCGGCGGCAACAACAGCGGCAACGUGAACGGCGGCAGCAGCGGAGGCAGCAACAACAACGGUACCAGCAACGGCCAGAACAGCGGCAAUGGCAACAACUCCGGCAACAACAGCGGCAGCAACAACGGCAACUGGAACGGAAACGGUAACUGGAACAACAACCGGCCGCCUCGUCCCGGUCCACCCGGCCGUCCCCACGGCGGUGGCUCGACCUGGUCUUCCUCUUCCUCCUCCUCCUCAAGCUCCGGGUACCGGAUCAUCCAGUACUCGACCAGCUACAGCCCCGGAUGGAGCUGGACGUGGAGCUCGUCCUCGUCCAACUGCGCCGGCUGUGCGAGCGCCCAGUUCCGCGGCAAGAGCAUUAGCACCGUCGGCAACAACGGUAUCUGGAAGACCCAUCGUCAUCUCAACCUCUGCCUCUCUGCCCUCAACAACUGCAUGACGGUUGGGAGAGAGGCAGACGCUGGGCAGUACGCCCAGACUUUCCAUAGACGUGAAAAGAACUGUUUUGAUCAUCCCCAGCCUGUCGGUCAAACAAUAGGAUCUGGGGGGCAAGAUCGAGUUGUGAGCGGCAACAACAUGGCGUUCGUCUCGGACCCGGACGGCCACCCACUCCGUCUCAAGACUCGGAGAGGUCACGAAGAACAGCCGGUGUCUUAA